GCUAGUUGUCUGUUCACAACUCAACGCUGUUGACUUCGUUAAGUUGUAUGAGAGCUGUCAAAAUCAUAUAACUGCCAUUUAUUAGUUUGUUUAUACGCCUGUCAACGUAAAAAUGGAAAGGAUCAACAAAGUAUCAACCAAGCAACAACUAGACCGUCUUGUCGAUUUAGUUAGAAAAAAUCCCAACGUUGGUAGAAACAGACGCUUAUAUGGGUCUAGUCGUGAAGAAUUGAAGAAAACUUGGCAGCAGUUUGCCGUCGUGCUGAAUAGGUUGGGACCGCCGUCAAGAACAGGACCAGAAUGGCAAAGGGUGUGGAUACAUUAUAAAGCCAACCUAAAGCGCAAGUUGGCGCGUAAUAGAGAAAUCCAGGAGGCGAGCGAGCCCGGCAUUUUCCGCGAAAUCAGUUUCUCUGCAACCGAGGAGAAGGCGUAUGAAAUUACAAAAAAACUGGAUUUGUUCUCGCCCAGUACAACCGAAUUCGUUGAUGUGAUUGCGAAUGGUAACGAAACUCCGCCGCCAACUGCUGAGUCGCCGAUAAUUACUGAAAACGCCGAACCGCCGCCAAGCAAACGUUCGAAGACAGCCGAAGCGCAGAUGCAGUUACUCGAGGGGAUGGCUGGCAAGCAAAACGAAAUGCUGCGUACGCUCAGAAAAAUGCAAAGCACCCAACAUAAGUUGUACCAGUUAAAGUUGGAGAAAUUCAAGUUGCUGAAGAAGCGCGAAAAAGAAGCGAGUGCGCUGCGAAAUCUACGAAUAGAGCUUGCCAAAGAAAGAUUAAAGCAAAUUAAAAAGUAAAUGUAUACAUAUGUGUGUGUGUUGAAAUUAUUUAAUGGAUUGCCUCUAAGGGAUUUGACGAAAAAUGCAAGCGCGUUUUAAAAACACUUUUUUAUUGAAAAUUAUUGCAGUUAUUGUUAUAAUUUGCUUCACAUAGGAAUCUGUAUAUGUAUAUGUAGAUUAUAUUCUCAAGUAUAUUAUAUAAUAUGUAUGUAAUUAUGUAUGUAUAUUGUAUAUAAUUGGUAUGUAAUUGAAUCGAUAAGAUUAGCAUAGUAUACGUAUACUACAUAAGUAGGUAGUUAUGUAUGUAUAUAAGUAUGUAUGUAUGUACGCGUAAUAUUCAUGGCGUUUUCAUAGCUUAACUCGGUUAUUAGUCUUUCGUAUAGUCUGCUAUAUAUAUUAUUUUAGUAUUACGUAUGUAUGAGCGUUUAUUCUUACUGUUGUGUGUCUGCAGGCCGCGUGAGCAGCAAUUAAUUAAUAGUUGAACUGCUUAUGUUUGAUUUUCGGCAAGUACGCGCUUUUCUCAUGACUUGUGUCCACUUAGCGUACUUUCUUGUUGUUUUUGCAUUUACUUCUUCUUCAAAUUAAGCUUUUUUCAUACAAUUUCUUUUAAACACACACAUUUAUAAAGUAGUACAGCUAGUAAUUUUACAGUUAGGUUCCACUAAAAUGUAAAUAUUAUACACAAAUUAAUAUAUACAAAAUGUUAUUGUUAUACGUUUUUUUUUUAAGUUUUAGUUUUAACAGAUAUGAAGUUGACUUAGUAGAAAUAUGAAUUUUUAUUUUGAAAACUAUUUUUUGCUUGAAAAUACAUUAUAUGUAUUGUUUUAUAUACUAGCAAUUACAUUGUAAUUGUAUAUCAUACAUAUGUUAUGAAUUUAUAUGUACAUAUGUAUGAAAAAUGUUGGCGAUUAGUUAAUGGAUUAGUUUGAUAGCGUAGUUGUAACCGCCACUCACAUACGCACGUACUGUUUUUAUGGCGCUAUUGGUUAUAUAGUAAAUAAAAAAAACCGAAAAUAAUUAAAA